AUGUCUUCGGUCACUGAGCGAUGGAUUAUUCCUGUCGUGGGUGGUGUUGAAGACUGGAAAAACCAGCUCAAAGUAGUUCUUCAGACACUGAAGAAGCAAGACGGAUACCUCCGCACCCGUUGGGGGCCCUGCAGCGAGAACAUGCAGCGCUUAGAACUGCUUAUUGGCUGGAAAAGCAUCGACGCCUGCAAUACAUGGAAAGCUUCAUCCGGUUUCACCGCCGCCACGGACCAGAUGAAGACCGUUCAAUCCGGCGAAGCUGUUAGCUAUUUUAUUCGGUUUGUUCCGUACGCACCGAAGGAGGUCAUCGACGCAUCUAUCGUCGAAGUGCUCACUUAUUCAAACUGCACCAUUGAAGAAGACAAGAUGCGUGAAUCUGUUGAAACGGCCAAGUCACUGCCAGGAUGCACCGGCGUCGCUAGCGGUUUCUCCCUCGAUGGCGCUACGUUUGUAGCCGUGGUUGGCUGGGCUAGUGUUGAAGAGAGCAAGGCGGCGGACAAGUCUCUGUAUGUGUCUGCAGGAGGAUUGACAUCUGAGACUUACCAUGUCAAUUUCCGCUUCCCGAUCAAGGGCUUUGGAGGAUUAUAG